AUGACAAAAUCAAGAAAGCAGAAGCAGAAGAAACAGGAUUUUUUGAGAAAAAAGUUAAAAGUUGGUAAGCCAAAGGAAAGAGCAAGUAAUGCCACUAAUACGUCUUUUGUUUCCAAAACCAUUUCUAUUAGAAACCAGCAUCUAGAUCAGGAUCCUCACGAUCUGACGAAACGGUUAACUUUAUUAAAACACCACAACACCAACGUGAGAAAGGAAACAUUAAUAACAUUCCAGAAAUCUAUACCGUCGAUAAUAAAUUCACGGCUCAUGACACCGUUGCUUACUCAAAGUAUACCCUUAAUUUGCGACGAGUCACAGCAAGUUCGCCAAGGACUUAUCGAUCUUAUAGAUGAGAUAGGUAGCCAUGAUGCUGAAAUUUUGAAAUUGCACUGUAACAUUUUUGUCUUGUACAUUAACAUGGCAAUGACCCACAUUUUUUCACAAAUCCAAGCAGAUUCCACCAAAUUUUUGUCUCACUUACUAAAAUACUGUAGCGAUGAAGUGGUAAGAAAAUCCUGGGUCAAACUUCUGAAUGGUGUCUUUGGAGUUCUUGGUUGGGGCCAAGUAGGUAAGAAUGAAGGCGCAAGUGUGGUACAAACUAAGAAGCGCAAUGCCAAGUACAUCAACAUUCAUCUCAACGCCUUGUAUAUGCUCGUUGAAUACGGCUGUCAAGAUGAGCGUGCUAGAGGCGUCGACAGUGAUACAGCAGUUUCUUUCGAAGACAGCAGUGAUUUGCGAAACCCAUACUUAAUUCCAGACUGUCCGCAGCCAUUCGAGCAUCUAAAACUGUUUACCAGAGAAUUGAAAGUCAAGGAUCCAGCUGCUAAUGGAACCAAUGCGACGCUGUUGUCAUUGGCUACACAGGACAUCGAGACUCGUAGGGCGGCUUUCAGCGAACAAUUCCUGCCUGUCGUACUCAAGCAAAUCGAAAUUAUUAUCAAGGAGGGGGGAGAGUGCGGUAAAACCGCAAACAACCUCAAGAAGCUGCUUGCGAAAGUCUUCGACUAA